AUGGCAUUUGCACUGCGAUCAGCUCCGGCCGCGAAGGAUAGCCAUGAACUGAAGGCGGUGCUGUCCGCCCAAGACGCGGAGAUCCACGCGCUCAAGGCGCAGCUGGCGGAGGCCCAAAGAGCAAGCUCUCGGCUGAAAGUCCAGCUGCGGGACUUGGACGCCGAGUUGCAGGUGGCCAACGAGGCCACCAGCACCGCCGCGGCGCGCCUCAAGGACCACGCAAACCGCCAGGGGAUGCUCUUGUCUGCAGGCCUGGAACGCAGUGGCCUGCAACGUGCUCAUCUCGAGGAGGAGCUGCAGCGAAUGGAGCGCCUGCUUUGGGAGCGUGACCAGGAGACCGCGCGACUCCGCAAGCAAGCCCAGUCGCUGGAAUCAAGCCAGCUUCAGCUGGACAUGGAGAUGCGGGGCUUGCAAGCUGCACGCGACAACUCCGCGCUGGAGGCCAAAGAGCUCAGUGGCAGCAUUGCAGAACUGCUGCAUCAACGCCUGCAGAAGGUGGAGAAGAGCAAAGACGUGGUGGAUGCCCUGGGAGCCAGCCCAUUUAGCAUUGACGGUGCAGCAUCGCAGAAGGAGUCGAAGCGAUUGCACGAUGUCACCCAGGUCUUGGAGACCAAGCGCCAGGAGUUUGCGGAGUUGAAGCACAAGACCGAGCAGGCCGCAGGGGAUGCCAAGCACUGGGAGGCAGAGGAGUCUUCCUUGACCCGGCGUGUGCACCUCUUCGAGCAGGAGCUGCGUGCCAAGCAGGGCCAGAUGGAGCAGAACGACAAGCACUUUGUGCACGAGGGUGGCCUUUUGCGCGAGCACAUCGAGGAGCUACGGAAGGCAGUCGCCAAGGAGCAGACAGGUUAUAUGGCCGCCGACCAUCGCACCGCCCUGCGGGCCCAGGUGUCUGAAGAGACGCACGCGGCCAAGCGGGAAGUCCAGUCCCUCUUGGCGAUGGUGCCGCAGCUGGAUUCGGCACUGCGGGCGCGGCAUCAGCACGUCUACAGCGCCGAGGUGAAGAGCGACUCGAUAGAUGUGGCGCUGCACGCAGUGCUGCGGGCAACCCCAACUCCUCCGGGCCUGGUGUGUCGCUUGGGCGCGGGCCUUGGCAACGAGACCGCGCCGGCAGAGCUUCCUCCACACUUGGGGUUCCACUUUGGAGUCUUUCAGGAAUUCCCGCGCCACGCAGAUCCAUUCCGUGCCAGCACCAUGGGCCCUGGGGCCGUGAGCACACCGCCCAAGCGGUGCGCUGCGAGGACCCCAAGCGUUCUCUUUGAGGGCGAGCUCACGGUGGUGCGGCGCGAGAGCGCAGAGACGAGGCGCUGCAUCCUGAGCCACAAUGUCUUCAAGUACUUCGCUUCCGACGGCAAGCCGCUGGCGAGAUUCCCCAUCAGCUCGAGCAGCUCACUGGAAUUGAUCCCUGGAGGAUUGCGGCUUCGACAUGGCGCCAAGGUGAUCGUGCUGCAAGGGCCGGCGGACCAAGUGGCUUUGUGGCGCCAGCACUUGGAGCUGGCAUUCCAGAAGGCCUCAAAGGCGUCGCUGGAGCUGAGGAUCUUCAGCCCCAGCGGGCAGCACUUGUGCACUGUGCUGGCCGAGCAUGCCUGGCGUGCCCGCGAUAUGAAGGCAAUCAUCAAGUCAGCCACCGGGAUUUCGCCCGUGGAGCAGCGCCUUGUCUACGGACUCCAGGUCUUGGAGGAUCAGGAUGUGCUGGAGGGCGUGCUUCCGCUCCAGGAUGGGUCCUCGCAUGACCUGUCGCUGGUUCGCUGCCCGCCACCUGCCGAGAUGGAGCAUCCAGGACUGCGCCUGGACCGGGCCUCGGCCUUGCGUGCCGUGCGAGGCGACUGGCGCCAGCUGGGCCAGGUGGAUGCUGCCUACAGGCAAGAUCGGGAGAUUGUGAUGAUGGCUGUAGCACAGGACUGCAUGGCCUUGCAGUAUGCCGCUGACUUCUUGCGAGCAGACCGCGAGGUUAUCUUGGCCGCGGUUCACCAGUGUGGCUCCGCCAUCCAGUUCGCCAGCUCCGCGUUGCGGGAGGAUCCGGAAAUCCUGUCCCAUGCCGUUGGCUACUGA